ACAAGAGGGAAAGUGACAUUUAGAAUGGCGUUCUUAAUGCUUUAUCCUGCAGUAGCAGUUCUCUCUAUGUUCGUACUGAUGGUUAUCAUAUUAAUUCUAAGAUUUGGAGCUCGCUGGUGCAAGCUCCGUCAUAAUACACUGGCUGACCAAGAAUAUUGGAAUGAGGAUGAUGCAUAUGAACAAAAAGUUUCAUAUGCAUAAGUUUUCUUUUUUUUUAUAAUUUCUUUUUUACUAAUAUUCCUCGUGUGUCAUUGCAUGCAGAGAUACUUGUGUCAAUUAGGAAAUCAGUAUUUCAAUGUCCAAUAGGUACUUAUUAUCUACAUUCCCAGUUUAUACACUUUAUUUUACCUAUGGUAACUAUUAUUUUGUUUGUUCAUGAACCCGUCCAACUAAAGUCCUAUAGACUUAUUAUUUUAUUGGUUUAAUGUAAUUCUUCAAUUUUUUUUAUGUUAUACCAACAUUAUGCUGUUUUU